AAAUUCACACAAGGUAAGAGACCAUUAGAGAAAAUGUCAUAUUUUAAAAAUAUGCGGGAAGUGACUUUUUUAAUUUGCCUCGUAUAUUUAUUGGAAAUAGGUACAGGGGUACCUCAAGAAUCCUGCGAAGUUAGCUGUGAUGAAGACAAACUAAUAGCAUUUUUAGCCAGUAUGGAAGUCUUGAGUCCAGAAAGCAUAUUUAAUUUAGCAAUUAAUGAAUUGGAAUCCAUUUGCAGUCAGUUAACAGACAAUUUGAAAGUGAUCGAAAAAUCAUUUAAUGAUUGUAAAACGAAAGAUGCAAGAGGCCUGUAUAUUUCUUUGAUAAGAGGAGUACAAGCUUUCAAUAAUAGAAUUUGUUGUGCUGAUAACAAUCCAUAUAUUAAAAAGUUUUAUGUUGUACAUCCAUGUUUAUUCGAACUGAGACAAGAUUUUGAAAGCUGCAAUGGGCCUGCUGAUUGGAAUGAAGAACCUGACGAUCGAAAAGUUUGCAAAACAUACAAGACUAUUCUUGAUUGCUACUAUAUAAAAUCUGCAAAAGUUUGUGGACAACAGGCAGCUAUGGCAAUGAGUUUAUUAAUAGAGGAUGUGGUUGAAAAUGUACUAGGCCAUUCCUGUAAAGGCAUUAACAGUUUUCCGCUUGUUAAAGAUAUGAUGCCCGACAAAUAUAUAGAAAGAACCAGUUCAGCAAAGGGAAUUACAUCUUCAACCAUUCUAGUACUGAAAAUAGGAUUGUUAGGAAACAUAAUAAUGCUCAUAUUAUUUCCAUAAUAGCCACUUUUAUCUUAUAUCACUAUACCAUUAUACAAGAAAUAAUUUAUUAUAUUUAUUUAAAAAUUAAGGAGUAGUUCUUUCUUUUAUAUUAUUUUACAGAUUAGAUUUUGAGCCUUGGAGACUUGGUACAAUUUUUAACCUUUUCAGAAUGGCAGUGAUAAUAAUCACUGUUUAUCUAUCAUGCUUUAAACUCGAGUUGUUUCCCAACUGAAGAGUUAAUAAAAAUGUAUGCAACUUUGGUUGUUAUCCGUCCUGAAAAGGUUAAACAAACCCCACAUGAUGUAUUUUACACAAUUAAAAGAACCUUGUGGUUCUUCAACAUUUUGUACAUAUUUCAUUAUUUAAUUUUAAUUUAUAAAUAAAACUUUCAUUUUCUACAAGCGAAAUGUUACGAAUUAGGUAUUAAAACUAGCUCUAUACCUGUAAAGUUUUGUUAAUAACUUCUAUGCAACCAAACUAAAUAAUGUAGGACUGAAAAAUUACUGAAGGUAAAAAAUGGAAUCGAUCGUUAGGUGCAUUUAUAUUAAUACUAUUUCACCUCCAUGGGAAAUUGAUGAAUCAAAAUCACUCUUUUAACUUGAGUUAAGGAUUAAUUUAUUAACUGCAAACUGUUCAAUACCAAUAAAAAUAGCCAGUACAGAGAGAUGGGAUCAUAUAUCAAGUGCAAAUAGAAAUUCUUUAAGAAAAAAUCCAUCAAUAAUUGUAGAUUCAGUGAAACAAUAAAAAUCAACCUACUCAUGUCGAAACUUUGAAAUGGGCCAAUAGUCUUAUCAGAAAAGCUUCAUGUUCCAAGAUAAAAAAACUAAAGUGCCCAAUUUUGCUCUAAUCCAUCAAAAAGUUUAUGAUAAAUAGAAAAUUUUAAAGAUGUGACAGCAUAAAACUUUAAGAACUAACCAUUUUCUUUCUGGAAGAAAUCCUAAUAUUGAAAAUUUAGAAGUAAAAUCUCCAAGAUUAUCUACCAAAAGUAAGAAACUGCUAAGGUUUAUUCCAAAGAGAACAUGACUUUAUAAAUUAAAGGAACAACAAGCAAGUUCUUCAACAAAAACUAGCAAUCUAAUCCUAAAUAUUACUGACAAGUCCAAGAUACCAAAAUUGACAAAGAUCAGAAAAAAGCAUUAACAAAACUAUUACCUAUAAAACUAAAGUAGUGAAUAAUUCUAUGGAGAUUAGAACGAAUGCUGUACAAGAUCAAAUUAAAGCUGUUGCCAAUAAAACUAAAGGAGUGAGGAAUUUUAUAGAGACUAGAAGGAAUACUGUGCAAAAUGUAAGUAGUAAUAGAUUUGAAUUACUCAUGAAGACGAGGAGAGGAAAAAAUUAAUUUAGUAGGAUUUAUGUGUGUCUGAAAUAAAUUUAACAAUGAUAAUAAAAAACUGGUAUAAAACACUAUAUAAACAUCCAUUUUUAUUAUCUAGAGUACUUAAAAAAUGGUAAGAUUAAUUUUAUCAACUAUUGUUAUGAUUUUAUAUUCUACAAGUUUUAAAAUAUUCACAAUGUAUUGAUAAAUCGAUGGUUACUAAAAACAAAUGCUUUAACAUAUCUUCAUAAGUAUUUGUUGUAUACUUUAGGGCAGGCAACAAACAAUUUUUUUUAAAUUAGUUUUUGUAUGUGAGCAAAAUUUUUUAUAUCUGCCAAUGUUAAGAACCACAAAGUAAAAUAGUAUUAAAUUUUAUUCUAUGUUAAAUAUACAUCAAUUGUACAUUAACCAUUUAAUUUUAUUUACUUUUCUUAGAUCCACCGAAUCCUGAAAACCCCAUUAUGCUAGCUAGUUCACUAGGAGGUUCAUCAUCAUUAAUCUCUUCAAUCUUCCUCUUUUCUUUUCGUUUUUCCUUCCUGUACUCUUUUAACUUUUCUUCCUCCUCUGCUAGUUCUUGUAAUCUAGUACUCAUGUCAUAUUCUUUCUUUUUUUCCUCAAUUUUUUUCUUGUUCUGUUCAAAUCUUUUUUUAACAGAAUCAAGUGAACUUCUUUCUACUUUCAUGGACAUCCCCAAAUUCCUCUGGUGCUUUUUUCCAUUGAUGUGAUCCAAGAAAUUGAUUGAAUCUUUAACAACACAGUCACACACAUUGCAGUAAUAUCCUCCAGAUUGUGAAGUAGGUGUGUUCUUGUUGAUUACAAUGCUUUUUCCCAACUUAGAAUCGAGGUCUACUUUAUAUUCUCGGGUUUUGAGUAGUUCUCGUUUAAUUGGAGGCCCUUUUUUCUUGUUGUCACCUUCCUCUUUUUGAUAUUUUUCCUCUUUUAUCCGCUCCUCUGCUAAUUUUUCGUACUCUUCCCUGUCCCAUUUUCUUCUAUGAUCAUCUGGUCUCGUAGACAUGAUUAUAUUUAAAAUAAAAAAAACCUCUUGAUUUUAAAUAAUAGCUCUGAUAAUAACAAAAGACUACUUUCGACCUCUGUUUACAAAUUAUUUCAGCUAAAAAGAUGAUGAUGACAGAAGACAGGUGGAAGACUAUCA